CGGCCGCGGCGCCAGUGUUUGUGUGUAUGUGAGAAAGCGAGGGGCGAGCGCCAGUGCGAGCGAGGCAAAGACAGAGCGCAUGUCUCAUCCCUGCGAGCAGCCACUGGACGCUCCACCACCAUCUUUUGCAUGUGCAACAUUUGCAGCCGGACAGAAAACCUCUCCCAGGGCUAUGGAGACUGCGGGCAAAAUCUGGCAGCUCGCGAUGGAUUGCUGAAGGGAACAAGUCAUAAUCUUAAGCCACCCAAACCUCUCUCCUUUUUUCUUUCUUUCUUUUUUCUUCUUCUUUUUUUUUUUUUUUUUUUUUUGGUUGUUUUUAAUUUUAGCGCCAUCGUCUUCAAUGCCUCUCUGAACAGCCUUUAGGAAGAGUGUGAGAGAAAGAGAGAGAGCGCGCGCCAGGGAGAGGAGAAAAAGAAGAUGAGGAUUAUUUGCAGACAGAUUGUCUUGUUAUUUUCUGGAUUUUGGGGACUCGCCAUGGGAGCCUUUCCGAGCAGCGUGCAAAUAGGUGGUCUCUUCAUCCGAAACACAGAUCAGGAAUACACUGCUUUCCGAUUAGCAAUUUUUCUUCAUAACACCAGCCCCAAUGCGUCGGAAGCUCCUUUUAAUUUGGUACCUCAUGUGGACAACAUUGAGACAGCCAACAGUUUUGCUGUAACAAAUGCCUUCUGUUCCCAGUAUUCUAGAGGAGUAUUUGCCAUUUUUGGACUCUAUGAUAAGAGGUCAGUACAUACCUUGACCUCAUUCUGCAGCGCCUUGCAUAUCUCCCUCAUCACACCAAGUUUCCCUACUGAGGGAGAGAGCCAGUUUGUGCUGCAACUAAGGCCUUCGUUACGAGGAGCACUGUUGAGUCUGCUAGAUCACUAUGAAUGGAACUGUUUUGUCUUCCUGUACGACACAGACAGAGGAUACUCGAUACUCCAAGCUAUUAUGGAAAAAGCAGGACAAAAUGGUUGGCAUGUCAGCGCUAUAUGUGUGGAAAAUUUUAAUGAUGUCAGCUAUAGGCAACUUCUAGAAGAACUUGAUAGAAGACAAGAGAAGAAAUUUGUGAUAGACUGUGAAAUAGAGAGACUUCAAAACAUAUUAGAACAGGUAAGUGCUGGAUUUUAUAUUAUUAACCUAGACCUCCACCUAGACCUCCAACGAAAAAGAACUUGCAUUUCUCUCAAAAUGACAUACUGUCCCAGCUCUGAGUCAUUGCCCCAGUUUUUACCACGUUCUAGCAGAUACACCUCUGCUCUGACUUAUGACGGAGUCCUUGUGAUGGCUGAAACUUUCCGAAAUCUUAGAAGGCAGAAAAUUGAUAUCUCGAGGAGAGGCAAUGCUGGGGAUUGUCUGGCAAAUCCUGCUGCUCCAUGGGGCCAGGGAAUUGACAUGGAAAGGACACUCAAACAGGUUCGAAUUCAAGGGCUGACCGGGAAUGUUCAGUUUGACCACUAUGGACGUAGAGUCAAUUACACAAUGGAUGUGUUUGAGCUAAAGAGCACAGGACCUAGAAAGGUUGGUUACUGGAACGAUAUGGAUAAAUUAGUCUUAAUUCAAGACGUACCCACUCUUGGCAAUGACACAGCAGCUAUUGAGAACAGAACAGUGGUUGUAACCACAAUCAUGGAAUCCCCAUAUGUUAUGUACAAGAAAAAUCAUGAAAUGUUUGAAGGAAAUGACAAGUAUGAAGGAUACUGUGUAGAUUUGGCAUCUGAAAUUGCAAAACAUAUUGGUAUCAAGUAUAAAAUUGCCAUUGUCCCUGAUGGAAAAUAUGGAGCAAGGGAUGCAGACACAAAAAUCUGGAAUGGGAUGGUAGGAGAACUUGUUUAUGGGAAAGCAGAGAUUGCUAUUGCCCCUCUGACAAUCACUUUGGUACGAGAGGAGGUCAUUGACUUCUCUAAGCCCUUCAUGAGUUUGGGCAUAUCUAUCAUGAUCAAAAAGCCUCAGAAAUCUAAACCAGGAGUGUUUUCCUUCUUGGAUCCUCUGGCCUAUGAGAUUUGGAUGUGCAUAGUCUUUGCCUACAUUGGUGUCAGCGUGGUCUUAUUCCUAGUUAGUAGGUUUAGUCCGUACGAGUGGCACACAGAAGAGCCGGAAGAUGGAAAGGAAGGACCCAGCGAUCAGCCUCCCAACGAGUUUGGCAUCUUUAACAGCCUCUGGUUUUCCCUGGGUGCUUUUAUGCAGCAAGGAUGUGACAUUUCACCCAGAUCCCUCUCAGGUCGAAUUGUUGGAGGUGUGUGGUGGUUCUUUACACUCAUCAUUAUAUCAUCUUAUACUGCUAACCUCGCUGCUUUCCUGACGGUUGAGCGAAUGGUCUCCCCAAUAGAGAGUGCAGAAGACCUGGCCAAACAAACAGAAAUUGCCUAUGGAACAUUGGAUUCAGGGUCAACAAAAGAAUUCUUCAGAAGAUCAAAAAUAGCAGUGUAUGAAAAGAUGUGGACCUACAUGCGAUCAGCAGAGCCAUCAGUGUUCACUAGGACUACAGCUGAGGGAGUAGCUCGUGUCCGCAAAUCCAAGGGCAAAUUUGCCUUUCUCCUGGAGUCCACUAUGAAUGAAUACAUUGAGCAGCGAAAGCCAUGUGACACGAUGAAAGUGGGAGGAAAUCUGGAUUCAAAAGGCUAUGGAGUAGCAACGCCCAAGGGUUCCUCAUUAAGAACUCCUGUAAACCUUGCCGUUUUGAAACUCAGUGAGGCAGGCGUCUUAGACAAGCUGAAAAACAAAUGGUGGUACGAUAAAGGUGAAUGUGGACCCAAGGACUCUGGAAGCAAGGACAAGACGAGUGCCUUGAGCCUGAGCAACGUAGCAGGCGUCUUCUACAUUCUGGUUGGCGGCUUGGGCUUGGCAAUGCUGGUGGCUUUGAUAGAGUUCUGUUACAAGUCCAGGGCAGAAGCGAAGAGAAUGAAGCUGACCUUUUCUGAAGCCAUAAGAAACAAAGCCAGGUUAUCCAUCACCGGGAGCGUGGGAGAAAACGGCCGCGUCUUGACGCCCGACUGCCCCAAGGCUGUACACGCUGGAACUGCAAUCAGACAAAGUUCAGGAUUGGCUGUCAUUGCAUCGGACCUACCAUAAAAACCAAAAAAAUAAUUGAGUGCCUUAAUUAAACUGUGUUGGUGACUGACGGAAACGCAGCCCCGAGGGACACGCCCCGCGCGGGGCUUCGCUAACCCGAUCCUUUGGCCGAGAGCGGAAGUGCGUCCCGGGCCGGCGGGCGGCGGCAGCGGCGACUGUGCAUGAGCUCAGCUCGGAAACCCAAACUCAGAUUUUCUAUCAGGAAAACUCACAGUUUAGGUUUUUUCGGGGAGUGGGUGGGUGGGUGGGGAGCUGGGAUGGGUGUAUUAACAGCAACAAAUUUCACUCGAGUGGACUUAAAAACUAAUCAGACUUGCGAGUUAGCGCAUUAAACUGUGAAGUUCUUGCUCAGAAAGGCCUUUGUCUUCACCAGAAAGGAUAAAAUAGUUCUAGAAGUCGACGAACACGCUAACCUGUGUCUCCAGAACACCCAUAUAGUCAAUGGAAGAAUACCCAGCUGAGAAAACAAAUCACUCAACUGUGAUAAAAUAAUAAACAAACAUGUAAAUCCUGUGAAAAAAAAUUUAAAGGAAGUAUUUACACUUACUUUGGAGAAAACAAAUACUGAAACAUGCUUGCUUUUUAACUGACGUAAAUUCAGUAGAGGACAACACGAUUCUUUUUUCUAACCAUCUUAGGGAACAAUACAUUGCAAUAAUUGAUAUAAAUGCCAUCACUGUAAUAAACUUUAGAGACUUUUUUUUAUAAAAGUUGUUGGUCAUCUUCUUGUUUGCUGUAACCUUCACUCUAUCACAUGAGUCGGUUCACAGAUUGCAUUUGUCUCACUAUCAGAAGAAAAACAAAAGGAAGAAAACGUUAAUGUUAAAUCAUCAGUCUGCAAUGUAGACUCAAAAGAGACAAUGGGUCACUCAUGUUAUUGAUAUUAUUUAUAAUCUUGUUCCGUGUACAAAAUUGUGGUUUUUGUACCCACCAAAAAGAAUAAAACGACAGAUGUUCUU